AUGACCAGACCACGCGGUCUGGCCAGCAGGGCAUUUCCCCGCCUCCUCUUACUUUUUCUUCUCGCCGCCCCGUCCGCCCUCGCCCUGGAUGCCUCGUUUGAGUUUUACCCCAAGGCGGCGCAGUCGUGCCUGUCCAAGGCCGCCACGUCGUCCGCGUGCAGCGGCGACACGUCCAAGGAGCUCAACGCCUGCCUGUGCAGCAACGGCGGCCAGUUUGUCGAAAAGGCCAUUCAGUGCCUGGCGCAAGAAAACAACGAUGUCAUGGGCGACGUCUUUACAACCAUGGACGAUGCGUGCACUACAUCGGGCACGCCCCUCUCGUGGAAGUGGUCCGACUGGGUCGACGCCGCCAAAAGCGCGACUUCUUCUUCUUCCAGCAGCACAACGACGACUUCGACUGAAACUUCGACCACGACCGUGACCAAGACAUCCUCGACAACCGCGACAGAGUCCACGUCGACGACGUUGACCACCGCAACUGCCAGCAGCACCUCUUCUGGUUCCUCUUCCCCGUCUUCCAUAGCCACCGCCACCACCACAAACUCGCCUACAUCCUCCCCGUCCCCGUCCCCCGGAGAAAGCAGCAGCAGCGACCUCUCCACCACCGCCACCAUUGGCAUCGCAGCCGGCGUCUCCGUCGCCGGCGUCGCGGCCAUUGCCGCUCUCGCCUUCUUCCUCGUCCGCAAACGCAAGCGCGCCUCCCAGCCCCCAAUGUCCUACUCCAUGCUGACUCCCGAAAAAUACAACGGCGCAGGCGGCGCCGGUGCCGCCGCCUCGUACCCGCCCCACGGUCCCUCACCAUCAAACCUAGGCGGCGGUGGUGGUGGUGGUGGUGGAGGCGCUGCCGGCGGCUUUGACAGCGAGGCCAACGAGACGCCCCUAUACACCCUCCCGGCGUACGUUUCCAAGUUGCAGAGCAAGCAGAGCUACACGGCCCUGUCCAGCACGAGCCCAGACUCGGCGCUGGAACAGCAGAAGAAGCAGCACAACUUCUUGUCGGGGUGGGAGCCGCCCACCCAUGCGACGCAGUACACCGGGCCGUACGCCCCGCCUCAGACCGGUCCGGUUGAGCUCCCACUGCAGAUGCAGCCCGUGAUGUCCAAUGUCUUUGAGCUCGACGCGCAUGGUGUGGGUGCCGCUCCGCGGCCGGCGCAGCCAGCUUUGCAGCCAAUUGCGGAGCGGCAGCGCGAGUCCAGAAUGUACAGACCGUACAUGCCAACGUGA